AUGUUUGACAUGGAUGAAAAGCUGGCAGAUCCUGGAGGCUCAGAACAUGCCUCAACUGGCUUCUUUGAAAACAUCAGCAGGAGCGCAAAGCAGAGAUUCAAAUCCAAGAAGAAACCGAGACCUGAAGCCGAUGUUCCCGCAUCCAAGCCUAGGCGUGCCAAUGUCAUGUCACGUAAUGGCUGGAAGCUCGAAAUCAAUGAAGAUGACGUCCUCGAAGUGGCUAAUUGGAACGAAAAAUUCGUGAGAGGCCCACUGGUGUUGGAGGAUUUGCCAAAGUUCGAUGACACUCUCAAUUACGGCAUCGACAAAGAUGAAGAGAACAGACUUGUACGCCUUGAGGUAAAGCGCUUGAUCAAGGACUGCGUUUCAGAAUCGCCAUUGCUCUUCAACAGCGACAAUAUCCUCGGCACCACAAAACCAGAAGCAUUCAAGAUCAUCUCCGACUUUGCCGAUCAAAUUCUCUGCAACCUUGCAAUAGUUUCUCAUGACAACCAGCUUUUGAUUCUCGAACAUUCCCGUGCUGGAGUAGAGUUGGAGAAGGCGGCAUCACAGUUCAAGCUUGCUAGGGGCACGCUCAGACGCAAGUUUCAACAGAAUGAGAAAGUCAAACCUCGAAUCCCGAUCCGCAUUGAACCAGAAGCGGACAAUACCAAGGUAUACUUCGCCCUUGUCGAUUAUGCCACCAGCUCAGUUGCCCGUGUGUUGCUUCGCCUAGCGUCGAGCAAGUUUUGGAAGAGCGUCAAUAUCGCUGUUCUUGCUCGAUGGGCUGUGAAGUUGAAGGUGCUUUGCCACGACCCAGUCACAUAUGCCAGACAGGCUCUGUCAGAUGGGGAAGCUAUUAUCGAGCAACUAAACGCGUCGGAAGACACCGAAAUGUUUCGCAUCAUCAGAAUUCGAAUUGGUGCUAGUCAGAGACCCGACGCUGGUGGCGAGAACGGCUAUGAUGUCCACGAAGAAACAGAUGCAACCCAGCUCUACUUCAGCUACAACGGGAUGGUACGCGUUUGGCUGGAGUCAAUCUUCAGGUCGUGUAUCCUUGGAUUAUACUCCACUCAAUGGUUCUUGACAGCUCCCAGCACCUUUGAAGUCUGUACCGUCGUUUACGAGGUGGGCCUUUCUCAUUCUCUGACGACUCUCAGUGCGGACCGUGAUGGAGACGUGUUUGCAACCUCACAAACUCAAAGUAUUAGCUGCAUUUAUGUGGUGCUUAAACUCCUCCUCGAAGUUGUAGAAGCCCUCAAGGCCCAAGAGCAACCAGACAACAGCCAGGAGAAAACGCUCGUCAGGUGGCGAUGGGCGGAAGGCCGAAAAGGACAAAACACGGUCGAGAAGUCUCUACAAACAUCUAGCGCGGAUGAAGUCAUCUCGGCUCUGAUCCUACUUUCACUGUCGACGUCCUACGUUUGUGAUCGGAUGCUCAAGAUGAUCAGCAACAUAUCAGUGAACUCGGAAGAAGAAGAUCCCGUUUUCCAAUUUGCUCCCAAGCAUUUCCAGGCCAAAUUCGUUGUCGCAAGCGCAGACUAUUUGAGUCGGAAGCGUCGCCUUGGCUUCACAGAUCAGUGGUAUAACGACCCUGAGACCAUACCGGUUUCGGGCGACCUUUUCUCCAAACGUAUUCGCGCUGGUACACAACUAGGACUCGAUAGGACUCGCCUACAAGAAUUACCUGCGCUUGAUCAACCGGAGCUAGUCGAUACCAAAAAGGAAAUGCAAGUCGUGCAACAAUAUGUGAAAGAGGAGAAACGGAUGCAGUCCUGGGUCUUUGCCGAAACGUCGGUCACGGUUCGAUGCACAGGGUACAUCAUGGCGAUCAUGGGUCUUUGUGCAGUUGUCCUCGGCGGCGGACUGGCGAUCCCAUUUGUCGUUCGGAACGAAAUCGUCGGAGUCGACCCUUUCCAGAUCACCACCUUCACCUGGCUCAUUGUCGGUGUGAUUCUCAUCGUGGCCAAAACUCGAUACGUGACGGAGUGGCCUUGGCAUGACUUCCUGCACGGACGAGUGGUAUGCAAAUCCGUUUCUGAUCUCGCCGAAGUCACUGGAGUAGAUGCUCAAUUGAUAUUGACGAAGCUACUCUACGACGAACGGAACACUACUGUGGUGACGAGAGGACCUUACAAUGGGAUGUUCUCCCGGCGACCCGAGGGUCCGGGGUCGGACGGAUUCUCGAUUGACGUGCCAGCUCAGCUUUCCACCAUGCUCGUGAGUGGAUUCAUCAUCCUCAAGGUUCUCAGCAGCACUGGCGAGCAUUUGAUCACACUGGAUGUACGGAAAGGGACGGAGCUGGACUACGCUGCCCAUGAUGGCGUGGAUCUGAAGUAUCUUGCCUGUUUGGAUUUGGGAAAGCGGGACUUUGAAGACGAGGAAGAGGAUCAAAUCCCAAAGCCCAAGGCAGAGCGUAGGGUACUGUACCUUGUCCAGAACAAAGUCCACUAUACCAAGGUGUUGGGCUUGUACAUCUGCGACGCAUUGUUUGGAUAG